GGAGUGAGCCGCUGCCCGGGAGAAGAGGAGAGGAGGCGAUUCUGUGACCACAAAGGGACUCCCGAUAAACGGACAGAUAUGGACGUUUGUGCACAACACGGACGCUGUGCUCUGUUGUGAAGAGGACCGCGUCGUCCUGUCGGAAAGAGCCGGUAUAUGAAGAGUUAAGACUCGACAUCCCAACUGUUUGUUUCAGCAGCUAGCAGGCUAGCUGGCUAGAUACCUAGGAGCUGGGAAUGGGAAGCCCGUGUGAAUUUGCAUGAUAGAGAUCUCCGUCGAGCUUUGAAGAAGCCGUGUUCGGUGUAGAUACCGUCGGCGGUGAUUUGAAGUGUCCGUCGGCCGCCUCUUAGGUAGCCGCAACUUUGAAGAAUGAUAUCAACUGAGCGCUAAGCAAUUCACUACUACAGACCCGGAGAAGAAAAAAGUCACCCAGGCCUGCUGGCUCGAGGUUGCUCACAAACACCAAGAAGGGAGAACAUGACUCACUGGCCUCUGCCAGAGACUGGCACGGGGCAGCUGUGCCAACCUCACCCCUGCCUGCCGCUUUAGAAGCUACCCCGCUGCACAAUGACGGAGAGGCAUUGAGGUUAGCCCCCAGACGAUCGUCUCAAUACCUCUCCUCCUCCCUAUCCCCGAAGAACCCCCCUGCCCUGCCUCAUCCCCAUCAUGCUGCGCUUCCUGCCUCUCAAACUUGGCCGCUUGUACCGCUGUCUGAAGCUCUUGCUGGUGGUGGGGUUGUUUGUCAUCUUGUUGAUGAACACCCACAACCUGUUCGCCUCCUUCCAGAAGAAUGAGCUCACUGACAGACGCUUCAUCAACCUCAACAAGUGUCCCGCCUGCUUUGGCACCAGCUGGUGCCGCAAAUUCAUGAACGGCCAGGUUUCCUUUGAGACGUGGGGUCGCCUACGAUUCCUAGACGUUUUCAAUGUCAAGAAUGUUUACUUCGCCCAGUACGGAGAGCCCAGGGAGGGCACCCGCCGCGUGGUGCUCAAACGGCUCGGGUCCAACCAGGAGCUGGCCGAGAUAGACCAGAAAAUCUGUAAGAGGGCUACAGGCAGGCCACGCUGUGACCUCAUCCAGGCAAUGUACAAGACUGAAUUUGCCCGGAUCAACGGCGACGUGCGUCUGCUCACUCCAGAGGUGGUGGAGGGCUGGUCAGACCUGGUGCACUGCCCCUCUCAGAGGCUGCUGGACCGCGUGGUCCGCAGGUACGCUGAGACCAAAGACUCUGGCAGCUUCCUGCUUAAGAACCUGAAGGACACGGAGAGAAUGCAGCUGCUCAUGACUUUGGCAUUCAACCCGGAACCGCUCGUAUUACAGAGCUUUCCGUCAGACGAAGGGUGGCCAUUCGCCAAGUACCUGGGAGCGUGUGGGCGCGUGGUAGCUGUCAACUACGUGGGCGAGGAGCUGUGGAGCUUCUACAACGCACCCUGGGAGAAGAGGGUAGACUUGGCGCGUCAGCUGAUGGACAUCGCUGAGCAGCUCACCAACAACGACUUUGAGUUUGCCCUGUACCUGCUCGAUGUCAGCUUUGAUAACUUUGCAGUCGGCCCGCGCGACGGAAAGGUCAUCGUUGUUGACGCCGAGAAUGUUCUCGUGGCAGACAAAAGGCUGAUCAAGCAGAACAAGCCAGAAAACUACGACGUGUGGUAUGAGAGCCGUUUUGAGGAGUGUGACAGGGAGGCCUGCCUGUCUUUCUCGAAGGACUCCCUUUGCUCCAGGGUCACCGUGGACCACAACUACUAUGCCGUGUGCCAGAACCUGCUGUCACGGUACGCUACGUGGCGGGGAACCACUGGAGGCCUCCUCCACGACCCCCCCGCCCACAUAGCCAAAGAUGGACAACUCGAGACCCUGUUGGACGAGUGCACCAACCCCAAAAAGCGCUACGGCCGCUUCCAGGCGGCCAAGGAACUGCGCGAAUACCUCACGCAGCUAGCUGCCGCUUCCUCCUCCGCAACGGCCAGGUAAUGAAUGGAGUCAGCGUUAGCCUGACGCACUGACAGACUGGAUCCUAUACUCUUUAUCUCCAGACUCUUGAGAUCCUGGUUCUUGUACAUGAUGUCAUUCGCUCCCCUUUUGUGCACCGGAGCUGGAAGGUGUUAUAGGUCUUGCAUCAGGAAGUGUAAGAAUCAAACUUCAAAGCAGAUUUGUUAAAGCUCUGGCUUUUACCUGACUUUGCUCCUGUGUGAAAGAGGAGUGUGGCGCUAAGAGAUUCUGGUUAGAACCAGGAUAGAGAGGGGAUAGAGAUAACCUCUCCUCUCCCUGGGUGGGCUGCCAUCCUCGGGGGUGGGGAGGCGAGAAAGGGCUCUGGUAAACGCAUCCCUCACUGGACCCCAGGCUAACGCAAACCAGAGCAUCCAAGCAAGAAGAGCAGCAACAUCAUCGCACAUCCCUGACCACAUCCAUCCUCCCGUCCACGCCUCGAUCCAUCAGAACUGUUGUGUUUCAUGACAUCGAAUCUUAACACCUGUUUCAUUUUGGCCCCAGGAACUCUUUUUGUUUUUGUUUUUUUAAUGGUUUGUUGUUUUUCAGGGCUGAAUUUAAGUUGAAUGGUGCGUUUACAUUUUUGCUGUGCCAUGGCUCCUGUUUUUUCCCCCUCUGUAUUGGGCUGCAAGGAAGGCGAGGGUAGCAUGAAUCUCCUGCUGUCAGGCAGGCCAAGCUGGAGUAGGUAGAGAGGAGGCGCAGGGGGUUGGGGCUUUGGUUGUCAUGCAGGAGAAAAGGAAAACCCUUGUCAGCUAUAUAAGUCUAAUUUCCUGCUACUCCAAUCAAUCGCUUGAUUUCCAGGUUCCAGAAUUGUGGCAAUCAUGUUCUUUUUUUCUAAGUGUGUGUUUUUUUUGGUUUUUUUUUUUCCUUUUGAUCGGAAAAAGAGAGAGUAUGACAGCUGCACAUAGGAAGAGGAAGGGUAUAAUUGGACAGUGGUGGUCCCUUGAUGCAGAUGUGCCUAUACCAAAGAGGCUAUACGUAAUAUUAAGAACCCUGAGCAGUGCAGAGUGACGGCACCUUUCCCUCCAGUUGUUCCCUACUAGAGCUGCCCAAAGGAACUGUAAUGUGUACACAAUCUGGUAUGAGCUGGCAGGCCUGCAUACUGAUUUCUUUUGCUCCCCAAUAAGAAGCUAAUCCCGAGGUAUGCAAGUCAAAGAUUGGGCGUACCCCCCCCCCCCCCCCCCCCCCCCCCACACACACACACACACACACGCACACGCACAAUUGAUAAAGGAAGACAGACUGAUAUAGCAUAGACAUGUUUUCUCCAACAAGGUAAAAAAAAAUCUUGACUAAAUGAAAGUGGGGAAUGAAAUGAUUCUUAAGAGGAGCAGAAACACAAUAAAGCAGCGUAGUAGUGGCCUGCAGUGCCAAAUUCCCUUUAAAUGUCUGUAAUUGAUAUAUGAAUCCCAUUGUCCAACUUCUCCCACUAGUGUUGAGUGCAGUAAGCUCUAUCAAGUAAAUGUUAAAAAAGGGAAUGAAGAUAACCCUAAAUUACUUCCUUCUUCUGGCUUCUGACCUGCACUUUUAAAUUUUGUUCUGUUGAAUAUUUAAACACUCAGCACCACUUAGAGGUUGGGCUGAUUUUACACUCGGCGGACCAACGAAUUAAAGCAUAGUAGCAAAUAUAGGCUCAUUUGGUGAUGGAUUAUAAGAGUUCUUACACAAACUUUAAAAGAUAAAAAGAAAUCCCCGUUUUGGCUCCAUAUGUUUUGGAGGUCGUCUGUCUUGAUAUUGUGAAUCGGACGCUGAGUGCCCAGUGGAGUGUCGUGUAGCACGGUCAGUAAUCAAGUAAAUAUGAGCCACUCCAUCUGCAGGGAAACUAGAAAGCACAGCAGUUGCUUUUUAGCCUCCCGCAAGACCGGGGGAGCUGACGUGAGCCUUGUCCGUCAGGAAAAGCAAUAAAGAGAAGUUUGGUGAAUGGGUUUCUGGUUUUGAACUCCCUCCUCCCCUCCCUCUUUGUUGUGUCAGAUAUAUUUCUGUUUCCCCUGUCUGGAGGAUGUUGAACCUGGAGGGAUUUGUACGUGCGUAACUAACUGUUCUCUUUUGUACUGUAAUUUUUCUUUUGAGUAUUAUAUCAGCAUUGUCUGAUUUUUCCUGUGCCUUUCAUUCAAAAGUUGUAUUUACAACUUUUAGUGGGUUUAAAUAUUAAAAUAAAAGAAGA